CAACACAGACGGCACUGCGUUUGCUGAAUCGUUAGAUUCAUUCUGGAAGCGCAACUCCUCACAACAUCCAAAAUUCUUUUCAAAAGCACACACUCUUUAGUCUCUCGGUAGCAAUCAAGUGACCGCAACAACAUCAUCAUCAUGAAUCGUAGAGCAUGCAUUCUCCUCUCGGUUUGCUUAUCGUCCGUGAUGGUAGUCCAGCUGUGGUUGGGCUUCGCAACAAAAUACAGUGGAACCGGUACUAGUGUUAUCAAAAGUUUGUUGAGACCGUUGAACGAAAUCAAGACACUCGCAAUGGAAGACACUGCACAUCUUGAGAUCACCACACGCAGCAGCGUAUUGGAUGUGGUUGCCUACGACAAUUGGACGGCCUCCCACAAGAUUACAAGCUCAAUGCAAAUGACACCCCAGGACAGUACACAGGCGUCAAAAUUCUCUUUGAUGCCUAUCACCAAGACAAAAGCGGAAGAAAAAAAAUCUCUCGCAACCUGGCAACACACACAUCAAAAUCGUCCCUUUUGCAGCGUCCCACAAAUUCGCGAUGGCCAGUGGGUCCCCGUUCAUGGCCCAGCUUCGUACAUCACGCAAACCUCCCAUUUGCGCUGCUACGGUGAGCCUGAUGUCUACCAAACAAUGAACUUCACGUCCUAUGUCUGGCAACCGCACAAUGCUCAUCGCAAGAAGUGUGAAUGGACUGCUUGGCAAGGUCCGCGAAAUGCUUGUCAAGUCCUUGAGCACAGCAACAUCCUGAUAGCGGGGGACUCUCUCUCCUGGGAACACUUCAGCUCGUUGCUUCAGCUACUUGGUCACCACGUACACCAGAAUCUACAGCACCAGUCGCGGGAAUUGCGCACAAACGUGAUGGAUCUAUUAUGUAAUGGCCGUUCACGCAUAUCAUACCGACGAGAUGACAAGCUCACCAACCUCUCGGCCGCUCUGGACGAAGAACCCUUUCCCAACGUUGUCAUUUUGAACCGAGGUGCACACUACGUGGGUGAUGAUGAGCUAAUGCAGGGCAUUCGAGAGAACAUUCGGGAGCUGAAAGUUUGGAAACGCCAGUGCAACGCAAUGGGAAUGUCCUGUCAGCUUUUCUGGCGGACGUCCGUACCGGGUCAUCCUGAGUGUCAUAAAUUUGAAGCCCCAGUCAACGACUUGCAAAGAAUGGAAGCGCAUAUUAGCAACUUGUCCUUAUACAACAACCACACCCUGAAGUAUCACUGGUAUGAUUACCAGCACCAGAAUCAAUUAGUUAUUGAGGAGUUUGCCAAGCACAACGCAACACUGGAAGUGCAUAUCAUGGACGCUUACGCUUUGAAUGUCCUGCGCCCUGAUGACCAUCGUUCGCAUCAAGGAGACUGUCUGCACAAUUGCUAUCCUGGAAAAAUGGAUGUCUACAAUGUUUGGCUCUUGCAUGUGUUGCGACAACUGUUUGAUUUGGAAUCAAUCAAAAAACAGAGCAGCAUUGCGGCAUCUCAAGGCUGGCAUCGCUUGCCGGCAACAGUCUACAAUCCCGACGCAACCGACGCCGCUAGGCUAGUCCGUCUUUCUCGUCGUGGUCACAAUAGCGACAGCAAACAGCAAAAACAACACUAA